AUGCUUUCCUACUUUGGAUGGGGCUCCAGCUCCAAGUCCAACGCAGACACACCAAACCAACAAGCACAAGAAACACCCAAUUUCGACCAAAAUGCCUCAUCACCACCCCCGUCCCAACAGCCACCCUCCCAGCCAUCACAAAUAGUGCAGCAAUCCACAUCCCCCGAUAGAACCAACCUCAAACUCUUCUGCGGCGGCAUGGCCUUCUUCGCCCUCUCCGUAUACAUCACACGCCGCGCCAACAUCAGGAAACGCCUGGCUUGCAUUCCUCCCUACUACUCCAGCUCGAUAUACUUCCAGCCACAGGUCAAUGGGGCGAUGGAGGCAUUCGAGGCCCUGAACCUGGCUACAAUCAACGUGAUCUCAUUCAGUAUGAUGGCCACGGGUGGUGUCAUGUGUGCUCUGAAUGUCAAUAACCUCGAGGAUAUGCGCAAGAUCAUGCGUGGGUCUUUGGAAGGGGUUGCGGCUGGCAAGUCUGAUGAGGAGCUUGAGAAGGAUGUUGCCGAGUGGGUGUCCAGUGUGCUUGGUGAUCGCUUUGACAAGCAGCUGGAGAAGGAGAAGGCGAAGAAACGGGUGGCGGGUCAAAGUGAGGAGACUAACUGA